AUGGCCGAGUCUGUUCUAGCCUCUGCCCAACCAGGCGAGGUUGAAUUCUGCACAUUGGGGAUGUUUAUUCUUGAUGACAUUGAUUUCGGAGGUUCCAGACCAGGAGUCAAGAACAUUCUUGGAGGUGCCGCUUCGUUCGCUGUAGUUGGCGCUCGUAUGGUUGCAGGAUCUACACAUGCACGAUCUGUUAGUUGGAUUGUCGAUGUUGGCUCCGACUUUCCACCUGAGACACUGGCAGUCCUCCAGUCCUGGGGCACCGAUUGUGUCUUCAGGAACGAUCAUACCAGACUGACGACCAGAGCAUGGAAUGGAUAUCAUCCGGAUGAGAAGCGGGAUUUCAAAUAUCUUACGCCGAAGUUGAGGCUAGAGCCCUACAUGCUAUCGGACACCCAGGCCUGGUCUCGUACAUUUCAUAUGGUCUGCUCUCCAUCUCGUUGCAUACAUAUCGUGAAUGAGAUAUUGCGGCGGCGUGAGGAGCUAUAUGAGGCAGGACAAGCCCCCUCCGCUGAGCAUGCGUCAACUCGACCCAUCUUUGUCUGGGAGCCAGUACCAGAUCUUUGCACGCCGGAAGAGCAAGAGAAAUUCUUCGCGGCUAACAAAGUUGUCGAUGUGGUGAGCCCCAAUCAUCAGGAGUUGGGCAUGAUGUUUGAUCAGCCUGGGUGGUCCGAGUGGAGCAAGGAAGGCCAGCAACUCGUCCAAACUAUCCUCGCCUCUGGUAUCGGUCCUAAUGGGGAUGGCUGCCUUGUUAUCAGAGCGGGCAAGGAAGGAAGCUACGCGUUCUCGAGAACCCAAAAGUUAUGGCUACCCGCAUAUCAUCAACCAGGAACGUCGGGUGCUACGGCCGUUGUCGACCCAACAGGUGCAGGCAAUUCUUUCCUCGGUGCAUUGGCCCAGGGCAUGGUUACUGCAGGGCGUGAACCGUUCAAUGUCAUUGAACCUAUCUUAUCUGCUUCUCAAGCCUGGAGAGAAUCUCUCGAUGCCUGGGCCGUCCGUCGUAAUCUGCCCAUGGCCCUGAUCUGCGCUACCGUUGCUGCAGGGUUCGUGGUAGAACAAAUUGGUGUGCCGGAGAUCUCUAUGACAGAGAAGGGAGGGAAGGAAUUGUGGAAUCAGUCUGAAUUCACGGAACGAGUCCGCCUGUACACGCAGCGAUUAUUUAAGACAUUGGACGAGUCUCCCCAGAGACACCUGUUGACCAAUUGA